CGAGCAUACGAACGAAGUUGCUCGUAUAGGUAAUACACAAGAAUUAUUAUCAACACCGACUGAUAACUUGAAUUUUGCAAUACUAAUCUAGAAGACUUAAAAUUAUGUGUUGUGUAGUUGUAAUAAUUGUGUUAUUAUAAUCGUUCAUACAGUACAUACAGAUCGUUUUGAAAAUGAUGUUCCUUACUGAUAUAGUUCAAUAUUAAUUAAUUUCAAUAACAGUGAGAUAAUAUAUUAUAUAAGUACAAGUUUGUAGAAUAUUGUUUAGUGAUGUUUACAUGAUUUAUAUAAUAUAUUAUAAAGUUUCGCUUCAAUAUUAAUUCAUCGUUAGCCAUGAAGGUUACGUAUUCCUGGUUCAUAUAUUCAUGUUUAAUUUUUGGAACAGAUGUUUUUUGUGAUAGAAUACUUGAAAAACGACAAACUGUUUCAUCAUGCAAAAUUAGAGACCAAUACAAAUGUAUAUCUGGCCAAUGUAUUGAUAAAACAUCAAUUUGUGAUGGAACUCGAGAUUGUAAUGAUGGGUCUGAUGAAACUUUGGCAUUAUGUAAUACAGUUCGGUGUCAAAAAUAUACAUUCCGGUGUAAAUAUGGGGCUUGUGUAAAUACAGAAAGUAAAUGUGAUGGUGUAAGACAGUGUGCUGAUGGAUCUGAUGAAGAAAAUUGUCCUGGUCCUAUUUAUAUAUCUGCAGAUCCAUUAACACUAAAACUUAAUAAUAUAACACAAAUAACGACGGAGUCCAAUAAAAAAAGGCAAAUAAAUACCAAGAAGGGAACUUCCUGAACAUUAGACAUGUAA